GGGGGCGUCCUCCUCAUAUCCGCGGUGUUGGAGGCUGAUGGUGAGGAAGUUAUUAUCUCCACAACCACGACUGUCCCUAGAUGUAUCUCCCGACGGUAGAGGACGGCAUGCAGCACUUCAAGCCGAGCCGAGAUAGACUCUACUCCACAAGAUGCUGCGGAUGUUGCCAUGUGAGGACGGGGACCAUUAUCCUCGGGACGUGGUACAUGGUUGUCAACCUCCUGAUGGGCAUCCUGCUGACCGUGGCUGUGACCCAUCCGGAGAACGUGCCCACUAUCGACCUCCAGUAUGAGGUCAUCGACCACUACUUGGCUUCAGACCGGAUGUCUGAGAACGCCUGCUUUGGAUUUGCCAUCUCCCUGCUGAUGCUCACCAUCAGCGCCAUGAUGGUGUAUGGAGCCAUAACACACCGCGACGGCUGGCUCAUACCCUUCUUCUGCUACCAGCUGUUUGACUUUGCCCUGAGUUGCUUGGUGGCCAUCAGUCCUCUGACCUACCUGCCCAGGAUUAAAGACUAUCUGGAUCAGCUGCCGGACUUCCCCUACAAAGACAACCUGCUGUCCAUGGACUCCAGCUGCCUGCUGCUGUUUGUGCUGCUCUUCUUCGCCUUCCUCAUCAUUCUCAAGGCUUACCUGAUGAACUGUGUGUGGAACUGCUACAAGUACAUCAACAACCGGAACAUGCCAGAGAUCGCUGUCUAUCCCGCCUUCGAGGCCCCGCCACAGUACAUCCUGCCCACGUACGAGAUGGCAAUGAAGAUGCCAGACAAAGAAGCCCCUCCCCCCUACAUGCCAGCUUAGAUUACCCCCACAGACCACACCUCCUCCCAAGACAGUGUUAGUACAUCUAUUCACAUUUAGUUGUUUGGCCUUGCCUGUGUGUGGGUAUGUUGAGUGUACAAGUGGAACAGUCUGAAGAGUCUGUACGUGAGUGCUUGCAACGUGGCCCCAACCUCUGUCCUUUUCUUUUUGUUGCUAAGUGUCUUAGUAAAAAGGAUUCUUGUGAACGAAUCGACUCGCUUGAAAUGCUCUCAUCGAUUCAGCACCACCAUCACACCCUUUUAAAGAGUGAUAUGUAAAAUAACAAUGUUAGGACAAUCCACAAAUUAUAAAUAUGAUCUUAAUGUUGAAUUUGGCUGUUAUUUAAUUUCACCAUUUUAUUAAAAAUCUAGUUUUUAUUCCAUUCUCCAGUUUUUUGGAUGAGUACCUUUUCAGUGUUCUGUUUUAGUUUCAAGCAUUGCUUUAGGCCUGUCCAUCACCAUGUGCGUUCUAUUUAGUUUAAAGCAUUGCUUUAUGCCUUUCCAUUACCCUGUGUGCCAAGCACAUCUCUAUCCAUGGCCCUGUUGUGGUACGAUGAGUGACCUCUCCUUUUUCAAUGUGCAGCCUAAAUUCAGAGCAACAGAUUGCUCAUCUGUAGUCGCAUGCUGCUUUAUUCCUCAACACCGCUCUUUACUUUUCAUGACAUGUUGACCCUGUUGUAUAACAUAUUGGCUUCAAUAAACGUUUCAAGAAAAA